AUCCAGAGUGUCCGGGAGUUGGCGACAAUAGUGGCCAUGGCGCGCGCGCUGGCGGAUCUAUCCGUGAACUUGCAGGUCCCCCGGGUCGUCCCCAGCCCGGAUUCGGACUCGGAUACAGACUUGGAGGAUCCGAGUCCCCGGCGCAGCGCGGGUGGCCUGCAUCGAUCACAGGUCAUUCACAGCGGACACUUCAUGGUGUCCUCGCCGCACAGCGACUCGCUGACCCGGCGACGCGACCAGGAGGGGCCCGUGGGGCUCGCCGACUUCGGGCCGCGCAGCAUCGAUCCGACACUCACCCGCCUCUUCGAAUGCUUGAGCCUGGCUUACAGCGGCAAGCUGGUGUCUCCCAAGUGGAAGAACUUCAAAGGCCUCAAGUUGCUAUGCCGGGACAAGAUUCGGCUGAACAACGCCAUCUGGAGAGCCUGGUACAUUCAGUAUGUGCAACGGAGGAAGAGCCCAGUAUGUGGCUUCGUAACUCCUCUGCAGGGGUCAGAAGCAGAUGAGCACCGGAAACCUGAGGCUGUUGUCUUGGAGGGUAAUUACUGGAAGCGGCGCAUCGAGGUGGUGAUGCGUGAAUACCACAAGUGGAGAAUCUACUACAAGAAGCGGCUCCGUAAGUCCAGCAGGGAAGGGGAUUUCCUGGCUCCCAAGCAGGUGGAAGGUGGGUGGCCGCCACCAGAGAGAUGGUGCGAACAGCUCUUCUCCAGCGUGGUGCCUGUGCUGCUUGGGGGCUCCGAGGAGGAGCCUGGGGGCCGGCAGCUUCUCGACUUGGACUGCUUCUUGUCCGAUAUCUCCGACACACUCUUCACCAUGACACAGCCCAGCCCCUCGUCCCUGCAGCUGCCCUCAGAAGACGCUUAUGUUGGCAAUGCUGACAUGAUCCAGCCAGACCUGACGCCGCUGCAGCCCAGCCUGGAUGACUUCAUGGAGAUAUCAGAUUUCUUCACCAAUUAUCGCCCCCCUCAGACGCCCACAUCUUCAAACUUCCCAGAGCCCCCCAGCUUUGGCCCCAUGGCUGACUCCCUCUUCAGCGGUGGGAUCCUGGGCCCAGAGAUGCCAUCUCCAGCCUCCGCUUCCUCCUCCUCGGGGAUGACCCCUCUCUCAGGGAAUACACGUCUCCAGGCUCGAAACAGCUGCUCUGGACCCUUGGAUCCCAGCACCUUUCCGAGCUCUGAAUUCCUUCUUCCUGAAGACCCAAAGACCAAGAUGCCACCUGCUCCUGUACCGACUCCUCUCCUUCCGUACCCCGGCCCUGUCAAGGUGCAUGGCUUAGAGCCCUGCACUCCAUCUCCCUUCCCCACGAUGGCUCCACCUCCUGCUUUGUUGUCAGAAGAGCCUCUCUUCUCUGCAAGGUUCCCCUUCACCACAGUCCCUCCCGCUCCAGGAGUGUCUACCCUUCCUGCACCCACAACCUUUGUUCCCACGCCACAGCCUGGCCCUGUCCCUGGCCCUGUCCCUUUCCCCGUAGACCAUCUGCCCCAUGGGUACCUGGAACCUGUCUUUGGGCCUCACUUCACGGUGCCUCAGGGUGUGCAGCCCAGAUGCAAGCCCUGCUCUCCACCUCCUGGGGGACGAAAAGCCAGUCCACCCACCUUGACCUCUGCCACUGCCAGCCCCACGGCCACUGCUACUGCCAGAGACAACAACCCCUGCCUUACACAGCUGCUCAGGGCAGCCAAGCCUGAACAAGUACUGGAACCUUCCACUGUGCCCAGCACCCUCCUCCGGCCUCCAGAGUCCCCGCAGGAUGCAGUCCCUGAAAUCCCCCGUGUCCGUGCAUUUUACCCCCCAAUCCCAGCCCCUACACCACCUAGGCCACCUCCAGGCCCUGCCACAUUGGCUCCUCCCAGGUCCCUGGUUGUCCCCAAAGCAGAGAGGCUCUCACCUCCAGCAUCCAGCGGCAGUGAGCGGCGACUAUCAGGGGAUCUCAACUCCAUUCAACCCCCGGGGGCACUGAGUGUCCACCUGUCUCCCCCUCAAACUGUCCUAAGCCGGGGUCGUGUAGACAACAACAAGAUGGAGAACCGGCGAAUCACACACAUCUCCGCAGAGCAGAAGAGGCGUUUCAAUAUUAAGCUAGGAUUUGACACUCUGCACGGACUUGUCAGCACGCUCAGUGCCCAGCCCAGCCUCAAGGUGAGCAAAGCAACCACGCUUCAGAAGACGGCGGAGUACAUCCUGAUGCUACAGCAGGAGCGGGCGGCCAUGCAGGAGGAAGCGCAGCAACUGAGGGAUGAAAUAGAGGAGCUCAAUGCUGCCAUCAACUUGUGCCAGCAGCAGCUACCGGCCACCGGGGUGCCCAUCACACAUCAGCGCUUUGACCAGAUGCGGGACAUGUUUGAUGACUAUGUCCGGACCCGCACGCUGCACAACUGGAAGUUCUGGGUAUUCAGCAUCCUCAUCCGACCUUUAUUUGAGUCCUUCAAUGGGAUGGUGUCUACCGCAAGCUUGCACAGCCUCCGCCAGACCUCACUGGCAUGGCUGGACCAGUACUGUUCCCUGCCUGCUCUCCGGCCAACUGUCCUGAAUUCCCUUCGCCAGCUCAGCACUUCCACCAGCAUCCUGACUGACCCGAGCCUCGUGCCUGAGCAAGCCACAAGGGCAGUCACAGAGGGUCCCCUGGGCAGACCAUUAUAAUCCUGGUGAAGGUUUCCAAGCUCCAGGAACAACUUGUGGACACGUCCCUCUCGAUCCUGGCUGGCCCUUUCCUGGCAGGUCUGGAAGGUUCCAGGUGUUCCACUCAUCAUCUCCUUGGGGAUAGAGAAGAACCUGGCUCUGUCCUUGCACUGUUGCUAAUGGUGUGAUCCCUGGUGACUCAUACCCCAUCUUUGGACCUCCCAUUAAUAACAGAGGACCCCAAACGCAUUAGCAGCUACAGCACUGGGGAGCUAAGCAGGAGCUCUGAUGAGAGAUGUCAGUCUGUUUUCUCACAAUUCCCUGCUUUGGAGAACCCUUAGUUCCUGAGCCGGGAGGUAGAGCAGGAGAUUCCCUCUCUUUGCCCCUGCAGUAGUGACAUGGGGAGCUACAGGGUGGCUUCCUCGGUGAGGCCACUGAGGUCUGAUGCCAGGAGAGAUCAGGGAAAUGGGUAGCCAGAGCACAGCCGGCAUCUUGCAUGAAUGUAGAUGUGUGUGUGUGUGUGUAUGUGGAUUUUAUAACGAAAAAUUUCUUGAUCAAUAAAAGCAAAAACCGUUUGCAAGGGUGUUGGUGUGACUGGCAGUGUGUCUCAGUGUGGGAUGUAGAGCUGGCAGCAAUGAAAGGUGACGUUAUAGAGGACCCUGUGGGUCGUAAAUAACCUUUGUGUACUUUCGAUCUGUUAUUUUUGUUUUUGGUUUUUUUUUUCAAGACAGGGUUUUUCUGUGUAGCCCUGGCUGUCCUGGAACUUACUGGAUAGACCAAGCUGGCCUCGAACUCAGAGAUCCACCCACCAUUGUCUCUGGAGUGCUGGGAUUAAAGGCCUGCACCACCUCGGCCCAGCCCUUUGAGUACUUUUCAGAUUGCUUGUGUGCAGGUGUGCUCAUGUGUACUUGUGUGUGGAGGACACCGGCUGUCGUGGUUACCCUCCUCAGUGUUAUCUGCCUUACUUUUAAAAUGCUUCAAAAUAUAUUUUAGCAUGGUGGUGCACACCCAGUGCAUCCCAGUACUUGGGAGGCAGAGGCAGGUUUUUAUGAGUGAGAACAGCCUGUUCUACAUUCGGAGUUCCAGGCCAGCCAGGGUCAUAUAGUAAGACCCAGUCUGCAUACAUACACACACACACACACACACACACACACACACACAUAUAUAUAUAUAUAUACACACACAUAUAUAUAUAUACAUACACACACAUAUAUAUACACACACAUAUAUACACACACACAUAUAUAUACACACAUAUAUACACACAUAUAUACACAUAUGUAUAUAUGUAUGUAGUCUUGGCUGUCCUAGAACUCGCUAUGUAGACCAGGUUGGUUUUAAACAACCAGAUCUUCCUGUCUCUGUCUACAAAUAAUUUAAGUUACAUUUAUUUAUAUGCAUAUGCACACAUGCAAAUGUCAUACAUGUGGAGGUCAGAGGAUAAUGUUUUAGGAAACACUUCUCUUUCUACCAUGUAUGUGAUGAGGAGCAGCUCAGGUUAUCAACUUCAGCAAUCAGUGCCUUUACUGGUCAAGCCAUCUCACCAACCCCUCUGCCUUAUUCCUUGAGACAGGGUCCUUCAUUGAACUUAGAACUCACCAGUUUGGCUAGGCUGACUGGCCAAUAAGCCCCUGAAAUCUACUUGUCUUUACCACCCCAACAAUGGGGUUACCACUCCUGGCUUUUAGAUUUGGGUUGUAGGUCUGUUCUUCAAUGACUGAACCAUCUCCCAGCUCCAGUCUUAAAAGGAGAUAUAUACAUAUGCAUAUAUGUAUGUAGGUAUGUUUUUUUUUUCUCCCUCAAGACAGGGUCUCACCGUGUAGCCCUGGCUGUCCUGGAACCCACUCUGUAGAAAAGACUGGCUUCAAACUCACAGAGCUCUAUCUGCCUCUGCCUCCUUCGUGCUCCUCAGGAUCAAUCCACAGCUGCUAAUAUGUAAAUGAAUACAUUUAAAAAAAUGGUGUUUCAGGAAUUUUUACUCUGUGGUGGGGGUCUGGGUGGGGACUAGGAAACAUACACCUUGUCAGAAGGUUCCAGUGCAAAACUAAAGUUCAGUUCAUCUUGGGUGCCACUGAGGGAGGGAGGGGGAAUUGAAGCAGGCACAUCGGAAGGUUUGUAUCCAGCGCGAAUGAUAGCUUUCCCCAUAGUUACAUGCAUGGGGUCCUCCUGUCCUCUUUACAGUGUCUAGAGUGAGGUCCAGAGUGGGGCUAUGUUGUUGACAUGGCCACAGCCAUGUUUAGUACCUCAGUGCAUGGCCUCAUGGGAAUGGCAAAACCAUUCCCUUGUGAGGCUCAGAAGGAUGUCAGAGCCUGACUCAGUGGUCUAAGAACGGUGAAUGUUGACAUGUGUGUGUAGGAAAUAUCAAACACUGCUUUCUCCUCACCCCCCCUUUCUGCUUCCUUCUUGUGUUUGAAGAUGUGAAUUUUCAACUUCCUGUUGCUUCUGUGCCUGCCCCCUGCUGUCCCGCCUCCCUGCCUUGAUGGAUUCAUCCCUCUGGAAACGUAAACCAAAAUAAAACUUUUUUUUUUAAUAA